AUGGUAUACUUAGCAGGUCGGUUUAGUUUUCUCGAUCGUGGCUUCGCAGCUUAUUUUCAGUCCGUUGUGCCAACAUUUGACCGCGCCCAUGUUAAAGAACGCCUCAAAUAUAUCCGACAGGGCCUUGCAAGAAGACAAAAUUCCAAUUCUUCAAGCUUAGAACAUUCCGGACCACUCUAUCUCGGGGAUCUUGGUGAGUUUUGCGAAGAUGUUACUAAGACGUGGAACGGUCACAAUGGCGAAUUGCCAAAUUUCAACGGUACACAUCGGCGAGAUCAGGAAAUUUUUGAAUAUCUACAGGAUGCAUUUGAAGUACCAUACUGGGAGCUCAUGCUCGACAUCUUUUUACAGUGGCGCAAUAAUUCCAGAUCUCUGAGUGGUGAUGUCGUUCUCAAGGUUCUGGAGAGCUUGAAGAGGGAAAUCAAAACUGGUUACCGCCAACUCCUUGAAGACAUUCACACGCAGUCGAAAGAUUCCCCCGGAGAUCUAGCCCCAAUUAUCGAGGGAAUCGAUGCGAGAAUCGCCGUUUUGGAUACUGUAUAG